AUGCGUGGUGAAGAUGAAAUCUGGCAAGCAGAUUUGGUUGAAAUGAUACCUUAUUCUUAUUCUAAUAAAGGUUUCAAAUACAUGCUCACAGUUAUAGACAUAUUCUCCCAAUAUGCCUGGGCUGUUAAGAGUAAGAAUGAAAAGGAUAUUUCUUUGGCCAUGAAAACUAUUCUCAAACAAGGCCGAAUUCUAAAAAAUUUGCAUACUGAUAGAGGCAAAGAAUAUUACAAUUCUGAAUUUAAGAGUUUAAUGCAAGAAUUUAAUAUUAGUCUCUAUUCUACCUAUAGUAAUUUGAAAGCCUCAAUUGUUGAAGGAUUUAACCGCACUCUAAAACAUAUGAUGAGGCCCGAAUUCAGCUUGCAAGGCAAUUAUAAAUGGAUUAAUCUUUUACCAACUCUCAUGUCAAAGUACAAUAAUAAAAAGCAUCGUACUAUUGGUAUGAAACCCAAAGAUGUCACCGGAGAAGACACAAGAGAACUGCUGAGACGUAGGGGAGACUGGGAACUGUGCAAAUGA